CUGUUGAAUGUGGUUCGUCCUUCUUGGUGGUAUGCUGACAUUACCCUGGAUACCGUGGCACUUGAUACAUCAGAAAGGUUUGCUGUCUUGGAUCUAAGAUGUGUCAGCAAGACGUGCACCAACAAUUUGUCCUCUUUUGAACUUUGAUGUUAAGCAGAUGCUGAUGGUUAAAGAAGAAGCUCCUCUAAACCAUAGACCUUGUGCUGGCCUACAUGACCCAAAGCCCCACCACAUAAAAGAGGAACAGGAGGAGGUCUACACCAGUCUGGGGGGAGAGCAGCUCAAUGGGAAGGAGGAAAUUGAUGCCAUCAGGUUUCCAGUCAUUGCUACUCCCAUAAAGAGUGAGGAUGAUAAACAGUCCCCUCUGCUCUCAAAGCUUUAUCAAGACCAAAGUGAAGGCAGAGCGCUUCCAGAAGACAUCGAUGGAGGAGAAGAAUCCAUCAGGAUACAAGAUCAUGGAGAUGGUUCCAUUUCCUCAGAAACUGAAGACACUGAGAAGAAUGAAAAGACCGAUGAUGUAAAGCACCCCGUCUCUGAUCUCAAACACUCCUCAGACUCUGGACUGAAAUCUAAGGACAUGGACAAUGACUGGAAGGACAGCAGAGCUCCUGAGUCAGAUGGAAACAUUAACAAACCUUUUAGCUCCCCUGAGUUUGCUGAACAAUUUGUUCACCAUGGCUUUCUUCAGAAAGACAUGAUAAAUUCAGAAAUAGGAUCUUUAAGCUCGCUGGAUGGGAAGAAAUGUUUCACAGAGAAGAAAAUUGUGAAAUUGCUAAAGAAACUUCAGACAGGAGUGAAGUUUAGCUGUGAAGACUGUGGUAAAACCUUUACUGGAAAACGCACUUUAAAGAGACAUAAGAGAAUCCACACUGGAGAGAGACCUUUCUGUUGUGACCUAUGUGGACAAAGAUUUAACCGAAAAACAAAUUUAAACAGACACAUGAGAAUCCACACUGGACAGAAGCCUUUCUGUUGUGAUCAAUCUGAGGUGUCCAUGGUGUCGAUUGCAAACAUUCAGUGA